GGGGCGGAUCAAUCAUCAUUAUCAUCGUCAACAUUACGGAGUACUUCUUCUAUAUCUUUCAAACUUGCCACAGCCUGCCUUGUCCAACCAUCAACUGACACUAUGGAUGUUCAGAAGCUAUUCGACGUCAAGGAUAAAGUCGUGCUAGUCACUGGUGGCGCUAAAGGAAUCGGUCGCAUGAUCUCAGAAGGCUUCGUAAAAAACGGCGCCACCGUCUAUAUCUCGUCGCGGGAUGUACAGGCCUGCGAGAAAGCGGUGAACGAGCUCAACGCGCUCGGUUCAGGCAAGGCAUAUGCUAUUCCUGCGGAUUUCUACAAAGAGGAGGAGUGCAAACGGCUGGCUUCAGAGAUUGCUAAGCGUGAGAGCAAGCUGCAUGUUCUCGUCAACAACUCUGGAUCGAAUUGGGGCGCCCCUUACGAUGAAUAUCCAUCCGCUGCCUGGACGCGAGUACUCACGCUCAACCUCCACCGGGUAUUCGACCUCACCAGACUUCUCACUCCUCUGCUGGAGAAGGCUGCCUCAUCUGGCGACCCAGCGCGCAUCAUCAACAUCGGUAGCGUUGAUGGGAUCAGAGUCCCAGCCUUGGAGACCUUUGCCUACAGUGCGAGCAAGGCCGGGCUGCACCACCUGAGUCGUGUCUUGGCUCACCACCUUGGAAGAAGGAAUAUCACCUCAAACUCCUUGGCGUGUGGCCCUUUCGAAAGUAAGAUGAUGGCUGCCACCCUGAAAGCGCACCGAGAGACCAUCGAGGCAAAUGUCCCAUUGGGCCGUAUUGGUACCCCUGAGGAUGUCGCGGGAGCUUGCUUGUUCUUGAGCAGCCGGGCCGGCUCGUAUGUGAAUGGAGCGACAAUCACUCUGGAUGGUGGUAGCGUCGUGGCUGCCAAGCUGUAGGCUGUAAGCAAGAUGGUAUGCGCCCUCGGGAUAAUGAGAGUACGUAAGGCUGUUCAUAGAUGACGUAACCUAAUCAAUUGCCUUUAAUCAAUGCAGUCCUUUUAACUCAAGUCAAGUCAAGCCCUUUUCACCCAACAGCGGGACAUUCAACUCCGUC